GCUCAAGAUGUUCCACAUUUGUCUAUUUUUGCUCUUCUUGUCCAAUACAGUUCUCAGCCUCCAAAUCUGCUCUUUUAAUGUGAGGUCAUUUGGAGAAGCCAAAAGAACACAACCAGGAGUCCUGGACAUCAUAGUACAGGUUAUUUCUCGCUGUGAUAUCAUGCUAUUGAUGGAAAUAAAGGACAGCAGCAACAGAACAUGCCCCUUUCUGUUAGAGAAGCUGAAUAGUCAGACACAAGAUGAGUACAGUUAUGUGGUCAGUAACAGACUGGGAAGAAGGACCUAUAAAGAGCAAUAUGCUUUUUUCUACAGAUCAAAGAUGGUAACAGUCAAAAGAACUUACCAGUAUCCUGAUCUGCAACCUGGUGAUGAAGAUGCCCUUUCCAGGGAACCUUUUGUUGUCUGGUUCAACUCACCAAAAACAGUGGCCAGGGAAUUUGUGAUUAUCCCUCUGCACACAACACCAGAAACAUCUGUGCGGGAAAUUGAUGAACUCUAUGAUGUGUAUCUAGAUGUAAAACAACUUUGGAAAUCUGAGAACUUCAUCUUCAUGGGAGACUUUAAUGCUGGCUGCGGCUACGUCGCCCGGAAGCACUGGAAGAAUAUCAGGCUAAGAAACCACACCGAAUUUGUAUGGCUUAUUGAUGACAAAAGUGACACCACUGUGAGAGCGAGCACCCGUUGCCCAUACGACAGGAUCGUGCUGCAUGGAGAGAAGCUCAUAAGAGCAACUGUGCCAAACUCUGCAAACAUCUUUGAUUUCCAGAGCGCUUUUUCAAUGACUGAAGAGCAGGCUUUAGCAGUGAGUGAUCACUUUCCCAUAGAGUUCCAGCUGAAAACCACCAGACAUUCCUCAAGAUCAAGAAUAAAGAAUCAUGGACUCCUUUCAUGA